CCCAAAUUUGGUGGGGAAGCUCCAGCUCUACUUCUACUACUUGCACUCAGUGACUCAGAUAAUUGACUCGAUCUACGGUGCACUAGCUCUGCCAUGAAGGAUGCUCGCUGCCAAGGCUACUCUCAGGAAUGCAGAGCCAUGUACAGUACUGCUGCAACGACUUAGGCCCUCGGCUGGCUUCACUGUAGGCCUCACUCUGGGCGAGCUUGUUGAGUCGGCUCCUGGACAGCUUCAUCCUCCGAUCGUCGAGUUGCGUGGACGCAGUGGAUCGGGAAAGACGCAUCUCUUGUACAUGCUCGCUAUUGAAGCGUUAGUGGGUGGGACAGGAGUCGUGUACUUUGAUGCAGAAGGCACCUUUGACAUACUCCGGUUCUCUCAUCUCCUGCGACAGCAUGUGGAUCCCUUUGCUGCAGAUGGGGUCUUGAAAAAUCUGGUCGUCUUCCAGCCUCAGUCAGCAUCAGAGAUGCUCGCUAAUGCCAAAAGCCUGCGACAGUCCAUCGCCGUACUACAACGCGACGUGCCUGUCCGCUUGAUCCUGGUAGACAGCAUCAGCAGCUUUUUUUGGCAAGCCAAAACACUCCUUCCAGUCAUUGUCGAAGCGCUUCGAGAUGUCGCAAAAGCCGUGCAUGCAACGGUCUUCAUCACAAAUUGGCAGAUUGGAUGGCAGCACUUUUCAGUGGCAAAAGCAGUGCGUCUAGAAGUUGAGAAGAAGGAGGUGUUGCAAUUCACGCAGGGUAUAGAGCAGGCGCUCAACACGGCAGAUGCACGCGCAGAGGUACUUGCUCGAGGGUUGUCUUACAUCAAGAACGCGGGGGGCAAUAGACAGACUUUUUGCAUCAAAGAUCAAGCAAGUAUGGUAUGAACCAUUUGCCUAGUAUACGACUGAAAGGUGACCGAUAAAUCUAAGAUGCAUUGGUAGAGCCCGAGCCUGGUGCAUGAGGGGGUGGUGUCUUGCCAGGGCCGUGGAUAGGAUGUCCGGCUGUGCCAAUUGCACUAGUGUGCUGCUUACCGUCAAAAUGACUUCCUUCCAUUGUCACUGGGGUGCCUGGACGCUCUUCUCGGGAAACGACCGUGCCUCCACUGACCGAUCCGUGCUUCUUCAUAAAAGCCUCCAUUGUGAUGGUAGGCUCCACCGU